GAAGGAGGGUCGGAAGGUUGGACUUGGAGGGAGAGAGUUUGAAUGCAUGAGUAAUUACUGGGGUCCACAAAAGCAGGCCCACGUUUCCCUCUCUUCAUAAAUAGGGAAGAGGCAGAUAAUAAUUUGUAAAAUUUUGGUGAAAUCUGCAAAAGUAGGGAAGAAGAUAUAGAAAAUACAGAAACAAAGUUGUGGGCUUUGGGGCCUGUGGCCCUGUGGGGAAGACCUUGUGGCCUGUUGGGGUGUGUCUGUCUGUGUGUGUGAGAGAGAGGAGACACAGAGAGAGAGAGAGAGUGAUAGCGAGAUAGAGGCUGUGUGUGUGUGUGUGUGCGCUGUGGGUGGGGUUUCUCUUGACUGGUUAUUGUGGUUCUUCUGUUUUUGCUUUCUCUGCCGACAGAAAAGAGUCCAUAAAGAUUAAAGAGAAGAAAAAGGCUAUAAAAACAGACUUUGUUUCUUGUUUAACUUCUCUCUUUCCUUCUUCAGUUCCUUUUGGGUGGUUGAGCAUUCUAUAUACUACUGGCCAUGGAUUUCUGUCGAAAUCUGUCAGUUUCCGGUGGCUUGCAGUCGGAGCUACCGCCGGAGCAGGUUAUGACCCCGGCUUGUUCAAAGCUUGGGGGCUUCUCUGGUCCUUUGGACGAGCUUUUCCCCUCUGAAAAUACAGAAGGUGAUGUUGGCUUAGAAUGGCUCUCAAUCUUCGUAGAGGACUGCCUAUCCAGCAGUGGGAUCUGUAUUCCAGCACCCACAAAUACCCAAAACAACCAAACCCCAGAAGCCUCAAAGCCCUCAAAGAAAAAUCACCAGAACCCUUCUCUAAGAGACUUUGUAAUCCCGGGAAAGGCCAGAAGCAAAAGGAAAAGAGCCACUGCAACCCCUUUAAGAAAUUGCUCUCAUCUGGGUAUGGACCCACACAGCCAGCCCCUCCUCCUGAGCUCCUCAGAUCCUCCGCUACUCCAACAAGCAUACUGGUUAGCUGAUAGUGAACUCAUGGUGCCCAAGAAGGAGAAAAAGGAAAGUAACAGCAACAGCAAUAGCAGCAGAAGCAGCAGCAGCAGCAGCAGAAGAAAUGAAGAGGAAAGAAGAGAGGAGAAAAUGGUAGUGAGCAAGGAAAGCUCAGAGGGUGGUAGUGUUGUGCAGCCAAGGAGGUGCACCCAUUGUCUAGCACAAAGAACCCCACAAUGGAGAGCAGGGCCUUCAGGUCCUAAAACACUCUGCAAUGCCUGUGGGGUGAGGUUCAAGUCAGGUAGGUUACUGCCUGAGUAUAGGCCAGCCAAGAGUCCUACCUUUGUGAGCUACAAGCACUCCAACUCUCACAAGAAAGUGAUGGAGAUGAGGAUGUCUGUUCAUACUCAUACUGAGUAAUAAUAGUUAAUUUAAUUUCUACUUCCAACCUAUGUAAAGACCAGAGACUAUCAGAAAGGAAAGAGGAAGAGGUGAAUGUAUACCAAUAUCAGUCUAUUUAGUUUUACUUGUAGUUUGUUUUAAAGGAAGAUGGUGAGAACUGAGAAAGGAGAAGUGCCUUUCAGAUCAUAUAAUACAUCUACCUAGUUUGUGAUCAGGCUAUGGCUCUUUAAAUUAUUACUGGUUAACUAGUCCAGAAAAGGCAGUCUCUUCUAUUUCACUCAAAAA